UAUUUCAACUUAUAUUUUACUCUUUCAUUUCUCUCCUCUCCGCCAUCUUAAAAAUCUCUUCUUUCUUCUCCCCCCUUCAUCUUCUUGAAAUUUCACUCAAGUUUCCAUUUUUCUUGAACUCUAACAUUCAUCUCUCUCUCUCUCUCUCUCUCUCUCUCUCUCUCUCUCUCUCUCUCUCCCUCUCCCUCUCCCUCUCCCUCUCUCAAUUCAAGAAUGGCAGAAAACAACAGAUACAGAAAACCCAAGAACCAACGCAUUAUAGAUACAGAUCCAACCCCAUUGAAGCUCCCUUCAAUCAUUCAAUCCACAAGGUGCAAGUCCACCAUUUCUUCUCUCCUUCUAUCAAGCCCACCAGAAAGUACUACACCCAAGAAAAAGAAUUUCACAUCUGCAACAUUCAGAGGACUGGGAUGUGCUGCAUCAGCACAAGUAUCAGUGCCUGAAGUGAUCAGAACAUCAGCAAAUUGGGAGGCAAAGAAACUGAGAAAGAAGGACAAGAGCUUAAAAGAAAAGAAAAAUAAAGGGCCUUUUCAUGCUGUGGCAAUGGUGCAUGGCAACUCAUCAGCUUCUUCAUCAACCUCUGUGGUUGAUCCUGAUGGUUGGUGUGGGCCUGGGCUUGGGUUUGUCACUGAGGCUGCAACUUCUGUUGAUUGUGUUGGGUCAACAAGGCCUGUUUCUGGCAGAGGGAAAGUUGACGGUGAGAGGAUGAAUCAUAGAGAGCAGCGAACUUUCUUUGGUGUUAGAAGAAUGGUAAAUCCUGAUGCCAUAUCAUUUUCUGACACUGAGCCUGAAUUCGGCAUGUCAAGACCACAGUUGGAUAUAUUUAAUUCUCGCCAUCAUCGUCAUGUUCGAAAUCGCUCCCCAGAAGGGCUUGCAGAGAUUGUCAUGCUUCAAAGUAGUAUGCUGAUGGGAGGAAGGUCUGAUGGACUUGACCGAUACAGAGACUUGAGACUUGAUGUCGAUCACAUGUCAUAUGAGGAAUUGCUCGACCUUGGUGACAGAAUUGGGUAUGUUAGUACUGGACUAAGAGAAGAUGAGAUAAUUCGCUCUCUCAGGAAAACUAAGCUUUCCCCUUUGGAUGAGUUGUCAUCAGAUAUACCCACAGAGUUGAAGUGCAGCAUUUGUCAGGAGGAAUACACAGCAGACGACGAGAUGGGAAAGCUGGACUGUGGACACACAUAUCAUAUUCAAUGCAUUCAGAAUUGGCUUGUUAAGAAAAAUGCGUGUCCCAUUUGUAAAACUGCAGUUGCAUCUUAAAACUAGAUUAGAAAUACUCAAGUGUCUACCACUUGUUGCUCAUGUGUUCUUUCAUGUAUAGGUUUCAAUUUAGGGGCCAGAAAAGGAUUUAAGAAAACCAUUCUUUUGUGUGACAUUUUCAUCAAUACAUGCUAAAGAGGACAGCAGGGCUGUUUUUAUCAAUAUCAUAAAAAAUUUUAUAGCAUGAACUGUUUCGCUGGGUGAUGGACCAUUGUAAUUAAGACAAAUGUUAUUGGAUUUGUCUGUUGAUUUAUUUUGUUUAUUUUA